GAGCUCGGGAGCCCAGGCCAGCCCAGUGCAAGCCCACGAGAGCUCAGUGAUGGUGGUGGUGGUGCCGGUUGGUGGGGGGGGAUGCUGUGUCUGUAUGGCUAAGGAUGUAUUACAGAGGCGGGCUGGUCUUAAUGUAACUAGAGAGCUUCUGUGAUCUACAAAGGGUGAAGACAGAGAGGGAGUAAGAGGAGGUACCCUGUGUAUUUCCCAGCCGCGCUCUCCCCAAGAGGAGGCCGCCGGCAGCCCCUCUCUGAUCCCCCCCCCAAUCUCCCUCCAGCGCAGCACACCAAGGAAUGAUGAAAAAAAAUAAUUCUGCAAAAAGGGGGCAACAGGAUGGAAACCAGCAAUCUGUGCAGCCAGAGAAGGUCGGCUGGGUGCGGAAAUUUUGCGGGAAAGGCAUUUUUAGGGAAAUCUGGAAAAACCGUUAUGUGGUUUUGAAGGGAGAUCAGCUUUACAUCUCAGAGAAGGAGGUAAAAGAUGAAAAAAACAUACAGGAAAUGUUCGACCUGAGUGAUUAUGAGAAAUGUGAAGAGCUCAGGAAGUCCAAAAGCAGAAGCAAAAAGAACCACAGCAAAUUUACCCUUGCCCACUCCAGACAGCCUGGAAACACGGCACCAAAUCUGAUCUUCCUGGCUGUGAGUCCAGAAGAGAAAGAGUCCUGGAUUAAUGCCCUCAACUCUGCAAUCACACGUGCUAAAAACCGCAUCUUAGAUGAGGUUACUGUCGAAGAGGACAGCUACCUUGCCCACCCAACACGUGACAGAGCAAAAAUACAGCACUCCCGACGCCCUCCAACACGGGGACAUUUGAUGGCUGUGGCAUCUACCUCAACGUCUGAUGGCAUGCUGACACUCGACCUGAUCCAGGAGGAAGACGCCUCUCCAGAGGAUCACAGCACCUGCGAAGAGAGUUUCCGGGUGGAUCUGGAUAAGUCAGUGGCACAUCUAACUGCUGGCCGGCGCCGGUCAGACUCAGAGAACGUCAAGUCGUCAGAGAAACGCCAGACAGGGAGCCUCCCGAGACGGGAGGUAACCUCAUGGGACAGAUCUGGGCAGCGCAAUGACUCCUUUGACAAAGGGACCAUGUACACACCACAGGUCCCCAAAAAGCUCUCGCACUCAGAAAAGAAUAAAUGUGCCUCCAUGGAAGAAAUUCUGUCUCGACGGGACUCUUCCACGCACCGGGCGGUGCUGAGAAGGGGGCUGGAGGCUCAGUUUGCCUCAGCAGAACCAGAGCAGCUGUCCCGGAUACAAGAACUGGUUGCACUGAAACUGGAAAAAACUCAGGAACUGCUGACAGAGGUGAAGGGCUACGGGGAAGGCAAGAGAAAGACCAAGGAUUCCAACACCAGCACCACCACCACCACCUCUUCUUCCUCAUCAUCUUCCAAGUCGGACUCUGAAAGGAUCCUGCAGGAAUCUGAGAGGUUGCUGGGGGAGGCUUCCUCCACCUGGAGCCAAGCCAAGAGGGUGCUGCAGGAGAUCAAAGAGUUGAGGGACCUGUACAAACAGUUUGAACUGCAGCAGUCGGACUCAAAACCCAAACAGAGCUCACAGUCUCAGUACAGGAAGAGUAUGAUGUGAAGGCAAGCCUUGGGAUUGGGAGGGAGGGACAGGGGAGGGCGGCCAUUUGGUCUUUUUUUUAAUUAUUAUUAUUUACAGUGUUCAAAAGAGUGAAAAGGUGCCUGUUCUCACCCAAAUUUGCUUCUCAAAGCUUGAACCCUUCCUUUCCUCCAUCACAUCCCCUGACGAAACAACCCUGUGUUCCGAUAAAUUCAGUUACAGUUUAUA